CGCUCCGUAUUUCUUUUGGGGGGAGGGAGGGGUAUAUAAUCGUAAAUAACCCCACACUGCGCCUCCAUCUUCUCCCACCCUCUCUUCUUCUUCUUCAUCUUCUCUCUCUCCCACAAUCUCAACAAAUCCUCGAGAUUUCCGGCGAUGAAGAAGCUGAUUCGCCGAUUAUCCCGCGUCGCUGACUCCUCGCAGUACAGCCUGCUCCGGUCCGAGGCGCGCGCGGCGGCGCCGUCUCGAUCGCGGCGGUUCGAGUCGUUCAGGACGAUUAAGCUCAGAUCUGGCUCGAUCGGAGUGCCGGAGGGGCACCUGCCGGUGUACGUCGGGGAGGAGAUGGAGAGGUUCGUCGUCAGCGCGGAGCUGCUCAACCACCCCGUCUUCGUCCGCCUCCUCAACCAGUCGGCGCAGGAGUACGGUUACAAGCAGCAAGGCGCUCUCCGGAUCCCAUGCCACGUCCUCGUCUUCGAGCGCGUCCUCGAUGCUCUCCGCACCGGCGCCGUCUCCUGCGAUCUCCUAGAUUCUCUCUCCGGCGACCUCGUGUACGCCUCCUGCCACCACCUCAAUUGAUUCCCCUCUCUAAUGUCGUCUGAAAUCGCACCUUUAAACCUGUUCUUCUUCUUCAAUUUCUCUGUGUUUGUUUUUAACGGCUGAGAUUGAUUAGGCUAAUAGGCGAUGAUAUAUACUCCAUAUGAGAGCCGAUCCUGAAAUGGAGAUCGAG